UUUUCCCUCGAGAGAACAAUCAUGAUCAUAUUACUAUCGAUUAUUUUCAGUUUUACCCAGCUGACAACAUUGGCCCUCUACUGUACCCGUUGUGAAUCCCGAACCAAUUGGACCAAUUGCAUGCAACGUUCGGUGGUUCAAAUUUGCAACCACGCCACCGCAUCCGGUCAGAUGCAAAAUCUCCCUCACUAUUCGCCAGCGGUUAGCAACCGUCCUGGAUUGGGCUGCUUUAAUGUACUGCUAAUAGAUUUGAAGACAGACACGAGACGUCUCGCACAUGGUUGUACUAAUAAUGUAAACUUCUGCUCUGCCUGGAACGCCAGCUUUGUGUCCGUGAGACAGUGCUCGGUAUGUCCGGGAGGAGACCCGGAUGAGGUCUGCAAUCCGAAGCAGCCGUUGGAAGAUGACAUGUCAGCUGUUAUCAAAUUUGGCAAACUGACGGCAACCGAAGGCACCACGCUGGGUGGGCAAAGCGAAGAUUCAGCAUCGGGCGCAGUGCCGCAAGAAAAUUCAACGGAAAUAACCAUAUCACACCAAAGUUCUCCGAUGACAACGAAAGCCUCACAAACCUCAACAGAAGAAUUGGGAGCAUUAAUAAACACAAUCAAUUCCAAACCGACAGAACCGCUCGAUUCCGGACAUGGGAAUGCUAGCGACCCGGAAGAGCUUGAGGACCAGUCGACUAAGCAAUCGAACAAAGAGCAUAACAAAUCUUCGAAUGUUACUCCGGCGGUGCCGUUUAUCGUUGCCACCCUGAUAGGUGCCGCUUUUUGUCGAAGUUAAUGAUGACAAUUAAAAGCUUUUGUACACAAUACAUCGGAAUGCAUCUUUUUUUGACGUAGGACUACGUCUUUGAUUUCUAUACAGGGGGGUCACUCCACGAAAAAUUUAACGUUUAUUAAGAGUUUUUUAAUUUUUGUCGCCUGAGACAUCAACAGGUGAAAUAAUAAAACAA